CAAGAAAUAUAUAUGACUCGGCACGGCUUGAUCUGGUUUCAGUCUGUUGAAGUAGCUUUCCCGGUGUAUUUCGCGAAUCACGCGCCCCUUUGUGGAGCAAAUAUCAGUAGCAACAUCAUCAUCAGCAUCAUCACCGGUAUCAGUGUGUAUAGGAUUGCCGUCUGCAUUCCUUUGGUUCCUGUUUGUGUGCGGUGGUGGUGAAUACCUUCUGGGAAGCGCAACAAGUUGUUUUCGUUGGAAUAGAUAGUCAGAGGAAGAAAUACCUAUGAUAUCUCUGGGUAUCUAGUGCUGGCAUUUUUUAUGUAGUGGUUGUUAGGUGGUGCGAAAGCUCAGUUUCCACUAUCGGUGCAUACCACAAUGGACUUAACGCUACUGACCUGCAAUAGAUUGAAUCGUUAGAAGAAAGCGUAUACCGUGAAAUUGGUUUCAUUCAGGUGAAUUGUAAAAGAAAAUUAAAGCGCCUAAUGAAGACGAAGAAAAUACAAGAAGAUAGUGAUAUAUCCUGAGUUUGUAGAAACUGUGCAUUGAGUUUGGUUAAACUAAUCCCGCGAAAGAAGAACCUCUAAUUUACCAAAAGGAAAUUCAAAGCAGUUCCAAUCAGUGCUCAAUUUGUCGUGUGAAAAGGAAGCGGAUUCCUAAUCACCCCGCUCUUGAUUGGAUAUCAACAGUUUCCAGACAACGGGACACUUCAGCAGCCGAGAUAUCGUUCCGGAGCAAAUCCAGUCCCAAAGAGUCCGCCAUGAAGACGGAUGAGAAAACCAACGUACCGAGAGUGCGGAUAGCAGUUCUCGGGAAUAUGAACGUCGGAAAAUCAGCCCUCACCGUGCGGUAUCUGACGCGAAGGUUCAUCGGCGAGUAUCGCUCGAACACCGACCUGCUCUACAAACAGACGGUAACCCUGGACAAUGGGGUGUUGGACGUGGAGAUCGUGGACAUUUCGGCCGAGAACGAGAAUGAUUUCCCGGUGGAGCAGAUCCAGUGGGCCGACGCGUGCCUUAUCGUGUACAGCAUCACGGACCGGGCCAGCUACGAGUACGCCCAGCGGUCGCUCGGCGAGCUCCGGCAGCUGCAAAACUCGCCCUCGGCCUAUCUGAUCGGGAACAAGGCCGACCUGGACCACUUGAGAGAGGUCCAGGAAACGGAAGGAGCCACCCUAGCGGCCUCGCAUGCCAUCGGGUUCUGCGAGGUAUCCGUAGCCGACAACUCACCCGCCCUGUACAAAGCAUUCGAUCGGCUGCUGGUCGAAUCCCGGGCCCGACCCGUCAAACCGCGGAAGUUCUCCGUCAGUAAAAUGUUCGGUACCCUCAUCGGUAACAAUGGCACCCGGCAGCCUUCGACAGCCGUCAGCCAAGGCACGGUCGUCCCGUGCCACAAGGGAGAACUGCACAAGUCUCGCGUGAUGAAACGGCGACAGGCAUUCACCGCGACGGCAUCGCUAUGACCGACAUCAACGGCCACCGAGGACAGCAACUAAACAGUGUUUUUUUCUAUGUUCAUCGUUCGUUGUGGUUCUUCUUCUACAUGGUACCGAAUCGGAAUCGCUUUUGUAACCCCUCGAAUGCACUAUAGAAGAACCAGAGUGACAACGAGCGGUUCUUGCAUUAUAGAGAUGGACGUAAUCAGAGAGGAACCACGAGCUCGCCGCUCAACGUAUUCCUGAAUUGUAUUCUUCAUUGACUGAGUCGAACGGUGAGAAGAUGUGAUCGCGCGUGGUCCGGCGCGGAAUUUUGUGGCUAAGGAGACACGACGCCAUGAAGUACUGGGGGCCGGGUCACCGUCGUCGUCGCCGGUGGAAUGAACAAAAUGUGAUUUUAAUUUUAGCAGCUUCUAACGAUUUGCUGAAGUGCUUCUUUGCAGCGACCACGGUGUGUAGUACAGGAAACCGUUACUCAUCAUCACCCAACAACACGUAUAGCCGUAUACAUGUAGAACGUACCUAAUACUAAUCCUACUUGAAGUAGAGAAGUCUGAGCGAUUACAUAUGUUCGUGGCCCUAUUGUGCGAUGCGUAUUAUUGUAUGGAACUAAGCAUGGAACGUCCCUUUAUCGUUUUAGAUAGAGAGACAUUUUUAUUGAUUCUAGUGUCGAUUGUAUUUAGAAGUAGGGAAAGGUGUGGAGUUUCCGCAAAGUCACAAUGUUAGCAUAACUAUCAGCAAAAAAUCUUAAACUGAAAAUUCAAGUAACAGAAACAGAUGUGCUCAAAACGGUUAUUUUUAUACUGUUUUUCAAAAUUAUGCGUCCACCAUCAGCAUUUGAGAUUUAAGAUAGUUUUGAAAAACAAAUCAGAAAAGUUUGUCCAAAUGUAUCAAUUGAGAAAUGUAAUGCAAUUCUGGAAAAUUUUUAGUUAUCUGUAACGAUCGUAAUUUAGCUUAUAAAAAAUACGACACUUCGGCAAAACAAUAGGUUCCGGGAUCAUUCGGUUUCCACCAAGCUGCAAAAAAAGUGUUUAUGCAAUUCAGUAUUAUAAUUUCUAUUUUAUACAACUCAUUUCGGUAUCAUAAUGGUCAACUUUUCCGAACUGGUUCAUAAUGCAACUGAAAUGAGUUGCAUUAUGAAAAAUAGUUGCAUAAUGUUCAUAAUGCAACCCAUUUGAAUUGCAUUAUGAACAUUAUGCAACUCAAAUGAGUUGUAUAAUGAAAAAAUCAUUGCAUAAAAUUUUGUAUGGAACUCGUUGCAAAACUCGAUUUUUUCAGCACUCUUCGUAUUUAUCCAACUCGGCAAGCCUCGUUGGAUAAAUGUACGACUCGUGCUGAAAAAAUCAACUUUUUGCAACUAGUUACAUAAAUAACUAUUAAGUAGUUUAUUGUAAUAAAUUUAACAGCGUCACGGUUAAGUCGACUAUAACAGUGAUGCCUGAAUUGACAAAUAUAACCGUUUUGUGAUGUGCUGAUCCAAUUUUUUCUCGAAAUUCCUCAAAAGAUAGCUGAAUUUUUGAUCACUAUGUGACACUCACUUAUCCACUGUGUACAUUUAAGCUUGUUGCAACUACGCUGUAGCGUUCUAAAGAGUCGCAUUUUAAAAUUGUUGUAUAAACUUGGAAGACGGACAACCCUCUAGCUUGCAAGCAGUGCUGCGCAAUUUCAUGAUGCUUUAUGCCUAACGACACUCACUGUGAAGUGAGGGUCUAAUGACAAACGACGGCCAUCUAAACAGAGACAAAUCAAGCCAAAGCAACUCAAACAAAUCCUCGUUCAAGGCAGUAUCAACACAUCCAACAGCAGCGAUCGCCUCUUCCUCUUGAAACACACGAUAAACACAAAGCUCUGACUGCUUGAUUUUUUGUUCUAAGCCCCACAUUCAUAUUCAUACGGUGUGCUAUGUUAGUGUGUUUGUAGCGCCGUGCACUAAUACCACCGACGAACCGACGUGACAGUGGCGUUUCAAAAGUGUCCCCCCCCCCCCAAAUUUAACAGUCGACCAGCGAAGCGAGCGAACGCUUCUGUCAAAUCAGUGCAGACGCGAACCUUUUCCUAUAUGAUCACACGGGGGUUUGAGGUCAAACUAUCAAAUCAACGCGAACCGUUAUAGAGAUGGCGGUAGUGUUUGGCUAUUUUUCAUCAUUUUCGUCGAGGACCACAAAUUUGAAUUUGUUUGUUCUAGCUGUCACGUCGGUUCGUCGGUGCUUCGGUUCGGAGAAGAAAAUUGUCAGAGGCAAAAAAUAAGCAACAAAGAAGGCACGUCGACUACUCUUUAUCCCAACCGGUAACGAAUAAUGAUCUCGAAAGUUUUUGUUGAUGACACAACAGAAGCUAAUUUUUUUACGUACUUACUUAUUACUAAAUCAAAAUCAAAACUUUUUGAUGGUAGAUCUUCAACAGCGUUGCAGUGUUUACCGUCUUGAAGUUAGCUCUCGAAAAUCGCAAUGCAAGGUUUGAAAAUCUUUAAAAUCGAGGUGUGCGAAAUUUAUCAUAUUCUGUUCAUGUUGGGUCAAACCUUUUUCGCAUCAGGAUUGAAUCCAGGACCUUCUGCAUAUGAAUCAGAAGCGGUAUCCAACUCCAAAGAAACCUAUUUUUUCCACAAUAUUGGCCUGUUUAUUUUAUCCCUCUGUUAUGCAAAUACUUGCUUCUGAUUUAAACAUAAAUUUUCAUCAUCCAAAAUUGAUUUUGAAAUGUUUUUGAUAACCAUUCUCAUCAAUUCUGGAUUUUGUAAAUUUAAGUUGAAAAUUAUCCUAAUUUUCAUUUAUGAACAUUAUUCUAAUUUUUUUAACUCUUCUCAGCAUUUAGAUUUUUCAGAUAAAAACUUUUUAAGAUUUAAUAGUUUAUCGCGAUCAUCAUCGGUUUUAUGGUUUUCUCAAAAAGUUCCUCAAGGUUGCUCCAGAGAUACUUUUCGGAAAUGUUCUAACGAUUUCUUCAGCAAUUGCUCCAAGAGUUCAAGCACUUUCGAGAAACUGCUCCUAGAAGUCUUUCCACGGAUUGCAGCAGCAAUCUCUCUGAGAAAUUCCCCAGAGAUAACAGCAUAUUGCUCCAAGAGGUUCUGUAAAAUUAUCUACAGGAUUUUUUCACAAAUCGUUUCAGAGGUUUCUUCAGAAAUUGCUGAUGGAAUUCCUUCUUCCGUAAACUACAACUACGAUUCGUAAGAAUUGCUUGAAGAAUUGCUGCUAGAGUUGCUACAAGGAUACUUCCAGGAGCUUGUCUAGGGUGUUUUUUAAAAAGACACAGACACGUUUAAUGCUUUCAGUGAGCUAUUUGCUCUUUGAAGGAAGCACGAUACUAGACAACGGACUAGCAUGCAACGCCCAGUGGCACAGCCGAAAACUUUUCCUGACAGCUGCGGCGGGAGUCGAACCCGCGCUCCUCAGCACGAUGCGACUAAAGGCUUGGUGACCUUAGCCGCACGACCACGAAGCCACUUCAGGGAUCGCUCCACGGAUUUUUACAGGAAUUGUUACAAAGAUUUCUGCUGAAAUAAAUUCAAGAUUUGUUCCUGAGAUUCCUCCAGGAAUUGCUCCAAAGAUUAUUCCUGGAAUUGUUGCAAGGAUUCCUCCAGGAAUUGCUCGAUGGACUUUUCCAAGAAUUGCACUCGGGGUUCCUUCAUCAAUUUCUCAGGCAAUUUGCUUCAUAGGAAGAUUUCUCUAUAGCAGAUGCUUCAAGAUGUUUAUCAAAAAUUGUUCCAAGGAUUUUGCUCCAGGAACUGCUCUAGUAAUUCUUUCAGAAAUUUAACAAGUGGGUCCUCCUCCUCCAGAAAUCUUUCCACUGUUUCCUGUAGAAUUUGCACAUUACCAGGAACCGUUUCGAGGUUUUAUUAAAAACUGCUUCUAGGAUUUGCUCAAAAAUUGUCGCAGGGAUUCUUCACAAAUAUGCUCUAGCAGUUUCUAAUUCCUGAAAAUUUCUUAAUGACUUUCGGCUAGGGUUCUUCCAGUUAUAUGUGUUCUUGCAAUUCUUGCAAAUAUACUAAGAAAUUGCUUUAGAAGUGUCUCCAGGGUUUUUUUUUAGAAAUUCUUCCACGAGUUGCUCCAUAGAUUUUUCAGCGAUUCUUCUUGAAAAUUCUGCCGGAAUUGCUCCGAUAAAUCCAUCAUCUAUUUUUCUGAAAGUCUUGCAGAAAUUUCUGUUAAACUUGCUUCUUAAAUUGUAGUGAAUACUUUUAAAGAAUUGGUCCAUAAAACUAUCCCGGGAGUUCCUUCGAAACUUUCUCUGUUGUUUUUCCAGAGAUGUCUUCAGGGAUUGCUUCAGCGAUUCCUCCAUAAACUGCUUCCUAGAUUUUCCUCUAGAAAUUUAGCCAGAGGUUCUCAAGAGACUCCACCAGCGGUCCCAGUAUGCUUUUUUUACCAGAAACGGUUUAAUUCAUAGGAAAAAUGUUGCAACUGUACUUAUACUUUGGUACAUGUGGUCAAACCAUUUAAAAAGUCAGUACACGAUUAGCCACUCAAAUGACGCGGCAAUGGGAGACGUUUCCGCUAAUUACCGUUUACCGAUCGUCACUAUGUCUACUGAUAGCUAUAGUGACAUUCAGACAAGGAGGAAAAAUGCCACUGCUUUCCGAUUAUGUCCGAGAUGAUUGGUCCUGAUGGCACCGGCCUCCAAGCGGUGUGGCUCGAUGUUUGUCUUCCGAUUAAUUGAUUGUUAUUUUGCUUAGUGGGGCGCGCGCGUUUGCCACACUACUGCCACACCCCCGCUUCGAUACCAGCCAGUUAGUGUACCAGACUGGCGACAUUAUCGCGCUAGAUGUGACGGUUUAGGGGGCGUAAUUAACACCCUAGUACUAUGAAACAGCCAUAAUUAGUUAGAUUUCAAUAUAUUUAGAGACAGCUUAUGUACCAUUUGUUCUAAACCAAUUUUCGUAAAAAGUUUAAAUUGAGGUAAAACUUGUUUAAAACACAACAUUCUAGAAAUCUGAAACGAUCAAACAUGAAAAGGAUCCUUUCCUUUUCAACUUAAUGAAUAAAAAAGGUCAUAGACUUCAAUAGUUGGCAAAACUUUGUUCUCGCCUCAAUUUGAAAAACUAAUUGAAAUUUUUGUCUAGUACAUUAAAUCAGGAUUCGAAGUAGUAAUCAGAAAUGAAACAAAUUUAAAGUUCAAUUCCAAAUUUCCAUGGUUUUGAUAGUAAUGAUUAUGUCCCGUUAUGCCUCCAAUUUCUUAAUGUUCACUCUCAUAGAUUGGGACGUGGCAAACAAUCCAAUCGACUGCAAAACUAUACUUUGACACGUCUCUGAACAUUUUGUUUACCCGUAAUGAGCUGCAGCAUAAUGCGCAUAAUCUACAACCGUUCAUGUACGUAUACGUUUGUAGUUAGCCAGUUUCAAACAAGAAGCGGAUGGAAAACCCCCCGGCCGGAAACGUGUGCGUGGAACGGAAAUCCCCUAGCACGAUGCGCAAUUAAACAAUAUUUUAAUUGCCGCUACAAGCGAGCGUGUCUUUAUCCUUGCUUGCAAUCGCCAUCAAUCCCAACACACUUCGAAGAUUGUUUUGCAAAAUUUUCCAUGCUUUUGCAGAGUUAUUGGUUUAAGUCUACUCUUCUGUCAGAAGAUUAAUUAUAUUUCGCUAAUUUGCUCUACAAGCUAACCAAUUCUGAUAGAACGUGACUUGAAGCCAUCACACUCACCGAUAAUUAAAAUCCUAGAUUAUUUAUUAUGAGGUUGUUUCCAUGCUACGCGUUUCGAAAUGGAUGCAUGUACCUGUGUAGACUUCAUUCCCAAGUAACAUUUUGAAGACCGAUUUGUCUUGUAGAGGUUUUGAUAUCCGUCAUAAAACCUAGUACCUUUUCCCAUUUUGCUUUUUUGUUCUAAGAACCUCUUCUAGUCUAUUUGACUAAAAAAUGUUUCUUGGGAUUGGGCUUACAAUUUAGUAGCAGCAGUCGUUGGAAAGUUCAAUCUCGUCAGUCGUCUGUUAGCAGCAGGCUGCAGAAGACUUGCAUCAGUUGCUGAUGCAUAUUAAACAUAUAUGUUAAUAUGCGGAUAUAUUCGCACAAAACAAACAAUCUAGAACAAUCUUGAAAUUCUACUAAAAAACAAGACGCCUUCUCCAGAACUCAAAAGGCAGUAGGGCACACGCAAAAAUUUGCUUCCUGGAAAAGUCGCUUGCAUGAUGGAAGUUUCCACGCUUGAAAUCACUGGAUGCCUGCAACGCAAAUGUGACCUAUUUUUGAUGUUCCGUGGUAAAAGAGUGGAUUCCACGAAGACACAUAUCAAUGCAGCGCAAUCAGUUUCCGGGUUUUUGGCAAGCUGCUGGGGAAAUUCCUAGCUGAAAUCGAACUGAAACUGAAUCAUAAACCGGUUUUAUCACGAUAUAUUUUCGUGUGAAUUGUUUGUCGAUCGUUUUCACUACAAUGUUUAAUGUUUGCAUUUUGAUCUAUUUUAAACCUACAGAUUGAAAUCAAUAAGAAUUGCUUAAAAAUGAAAAA